ACAUUGGGGGCGCAUAUGCUCUGUUGAGGCCCAAUGAUAGACAGCAGGAGAAGGAAAAAAAAAACCUUCACAUUUACUGUAGACCUCAACAUCUUCGGUAAGGUGACUGAUGCUCCGAUCUUUGGCCUUUUUAUUUGCUUGUCGAAGGGCUUCUUGACCGCCGGCAUUGUCUCCCAGGUUGUUGGACCCCUUGGAUAAUGGUGGUCAGUUUGAGAGGGUGAGCAGAAUAAUGUCCCAAACCCAAGUUGACGAAGUUGGCCUUUGUGACAAUUCACCGCAUUCCAACGAACGCAAUGUCCAAACUCAAAAUCUCAAUGAAACAAGCACACUCGUGCAGAAUCAAAGUCCCUCUGAUUCACAAAACACGGAGGGAAGAACACGUGGCUUUAUUCAGCAGACCUCUUUUAACAACAACGGGCUGGAGGAAAAGGAGGAACACCCAGGAAAGAAAUACGAUGAGGGAGAGGAUAUUGAUGAAGUGAUGGAGGAAGAAUCUGAGGAAUCAGCCUCUCUUAUUCGCUGUCAGUCUCCCGACACUCCCAUGACAGAUUCUUCAUUUUCAGAAACUGGCAGUCUACUGGAUACUGUAUAUCCUUUUAGUCCCGGUACCAGUCCAGAACCCACCUCUCCUGUCACCACAGCCACUUCAGAAAACAUGCUUUCCAUCAGCACACUGGAAACAGGCCGGAGUGAUGCGGAAGCAGAUUCUUCUGUCUCCAGCGCUGGAUCGGGAAUUUCUUUAAGAGCCUCCCCUUAUGACUCCACCACAGAGACUGCAGAUUCAACCUCACCAAACCCCGCCCCGCACGCAUGGUCGAGCAGCUCAGCUGGACAUACAGAAGCCUCUGACAGGAUAACAAAAACCGUACCCACACAACCAAUUACCUCAUCCACGGAGCCCAUCUCCCGCUGUGAGCCUGCCGUUAGCAGAGGCUCCUCUGUUCCCCCUGCGCUCUCAGCUGCAGAGACUCUGGCCGCAUUAACAUCGCUCAACACUUCCACCCCCGGGAGUGCAACAGUAGAACCCCGUCUGUCCACCGCAAAGCCUAAAUCAGCUGAUCAAGAUCUCACUUUCACCAACUCACCUGCAUCACCAAACCAAGAACUGAGUGCUUUCACUCCAGCCCCCACCUGCACAGGUGAGCCGGCUCUUCUGGAGUCUCUGGAAGACCUGGUGCAAAGAGGUGAUGACGCCCGCCUUCCACACUACCUUCAUCAGAUCGCAGAGGCCUUUGUUCUUCAGGAAGACUACCAGCGAGCGCUAUGUUUCAUCCAGCUAGAGAGACUGUAUCACCAGCGGCUGUUGGACAACCUCAGUGCACUUCAGGAGCAGUGGGAAAGUCGGUGUAGCAAGAUGACCUCUCACCUCACCACCCAUCAUCUGGAUUCUCUGAAAAGUAUCUGCCAGACACACAAUCGGCCAAGGACAGGAGAUGCUGAGUGUGCAUCUGUGGAUUUUAUGAAGCCUGAGAUUGAAGGAGGUGGCACACAGCUGCCACUUACGUUCGCUGGAGGGAUGGAUCAGUCCAAGCCUGCAGAGCAGCAGGGAGAGGAUUUACAUCCAGGACGGGAAAAAGAGGAAACGGGGGGAGAAGAAGAGGAGGACGACUGCGACGUGGAGGAGGCAGCAGAGGCUCUGGAGCUAGAAGAUGAGGGGGCAGAAGAUGAAUGGGCGGAGAAGCAGGAGGAGGCCGGCUUUUGUCUGACAGCUCUACCAGUGGAGACUCUGGCCAGUGGGGCUGAGGUGGAGCAGCUACGCCAGGUUGCUUUAGCUCAGGAGAAGCAACAUGAUGACUCCCAGGAAAGUGCUGCAACCACUCUGCACAAGGAAGCACAAUCCCCUGAAGAGACCCUGAUGAAGAUGCAGGAGCAGCUUGAAGAAGACGAAGAGGAAUACGAGUUAGAUCAAGCUGACCUUUUCAGAGAAGCACCCUCACUGGAUUACAUGGCAAAACUAAUCACUGUAGAAGAGAUUACUCCUGCUUCUGGUCUGGUUUCUAUAUUGAAGAAAAGAGUCAACACGGAUACCGUCGACACGCCUAACCGCUCGGAACCAGAACCCAAGAAAGGCUUUGCUCAAAGACGCGUGCGCUUCAAAGUUCCUGAUGACAGCUAUGAUAGUGAGCUCGGCGGUGGAGAUUCCUGCCUGCUCCUCUUCCUUCUCUGUCUGGUCACUGUGGUGAUCAGUGUGGGAGGCACUGCCCUGUACUGUGCUCUCGGUGAUACCCACUCCUCAGUCUGCCAGGACUUCACCAGCAACGCAGACUUCUACAUUCGCCAGAUACACCGCGGUGUGAGUCAGCUCCAGCACUGGUUUGCCCCUGGAUCCUAGCGAAGAAACAAAAACGGACUUUUGGAGUUUCCCUUUCCAAACGUCCCACUUUUAUCUGAGAUCGUAAGUUUUUGAGGUGACUGUAGCCGCUGCAAUUCCUUCUGCCAUUUUUUAGUAAGAAUAAGUUCAGGUGCAGUUGGAGCUUCUCGAGCCCUCUUGGAGUAAAUAUUCAGUUUGGAAGGCAGCGAUAAAAUGACUCCACUCUGACUUAGCCUAAAUGUCAAAGUUCUGUACAGAUUGAUGUGGUCAAAACUCUUCAGUCGUGGCUUAGAAACGACUUUAAGAGACGAAUCGGUCUGGAUUGCACACAAAACACCGACUGGACUGGAAGGAAAACAGCAACAAAGAAAUGGAAAUGUGGGAAAAAAAUAUAUUCUGGAAAGUAUUUACUUUUUAAAAAAAUACUUGUGCAGCAAAUUUAAGUGUACAAAAAAUAAUGAAUUUUAUCUUUACAACAAUAUGUCUUAAUGUCCUAAAUAUGUCUUAAAGUUUGAAUGAGUGUCGUUGUCAGAAAACACAGAGGUUUUCAUUUACCCAAACCAACCUGCUAAUGCAAUACAAUCAUGUCAAAUGUCUUGUAUGAAAAAUAGAUGGUUACAAGAGUUAUUUCCUAAUCGUUGUCACAGUUUGCAUUGCAGUGCGGGGUUGCUGAAGAGCUCCUAAAGCCGUUUUGCUGUUGGCUGCCAGAGCAGGUUUACUGUAAGCUGACACUCCUGGAAAGUCCUCCUGACCUUUUAUUGGUUUCAAUGAGGUGGCCUCACUGUGUAGCAUAGCAACAUGUAGUAAAACAAAUCCACCUCUAUGUUGUCGGAGGAUGUUUAAACAUGUUGUACAUAAGGACGGUACAGAUUCCUUUAUGUUUUUUUCAGGAUUUUGCAAUAUUUCUACCGGUGUUGUUCUGUUAGGCCUCAGGAUGACCUGACAUACAUGAAACACAUCCAUAUGCACUAACUGUUUGCACAGACAAUUUUUGAAGAGAUGAAAUGUUUUAUUAAUUAGGUUUUUUUUUUAGUUAAUGCAGAGGGUAAUGAUAUUAAUAGAGGCUUGGUGCAGGUGUAGGACCAUACAAAAGCUGUAUUUAACAGUGUUUUCUUUCUCUCUCUCUCUUUUUUUAAAGAAUCAUGGCAUCGUUCAUUAUCAUUCAGUAAGAUAGCCAGUAUGAAAUAUUUUUGUCCUAUUUUCCCACCACUUUAGUCUUCCCAGUUAAUCAAUAAUAGUAUUUGCCAUUUUUUAAUCAAAUAUUUUGUCUCCAUUUGUUGUCUUCUUAGAGCAAGACUGUAAUUAAAAUGAGGUUCCAUCACUUAUAAUUAAUUAAGCCUUCAUUUGUAGGGCUUCAUGUUAUAUUUUUAUCUUCGCUUUAAGAAAGUGAUUGUUUUUCUAAGGUAAUUUUAAAACUAAAUCCUUCUUUUCUUCAGAGCUAAUGACAUGUAUGUAAAAUAGCACCAUGUUGCAAUAAUUUGUGUACUUUAUUGAGUUUAUUCAUAAAAUAGUUGUGGUGGAUAAAUAAGAAAUGUCCUUGGAAAUCCUCAUAACUGCAGAGCGAUUUUUAUCAUUAGAGAUCUUGAAGUACCUUAUUUGACAUUAGUUCUAAAAGUUUGUGAUAUCGCUUGGUCUUAUUGUAUUUAUUAAUACCAAAAAAAAAAAUCUGAUUAAAAGCUUAAGGAUUUUCCAGGACAUUUAAAAUAGUUGAUUUAUGUUUGUUAUAAUUUGCACAUGCCAUCUGGCUGGUUCAGAUGAAAAUACUCAGCUUCUUAUUUUACCGUGAAGGUGAUUCAAAUUAUUUAUAAUUCUAAAAAAAAAAGUUUUAAGUGGUUACUGUUCAUGAAUAUGACCUUUUUCAUUUUUUUCUUAAGAAUCUUUUGACAGAGGCAUGUUUAGCCUGAUUCCCCUGUCACCGUGGCAUCAUUCUGUUGUUUUCUGCCUUCUUUCAUUUUUCAUUUGUUAUUCCUAAAGAUAAAUAGAAACUGGUGAGUUUCUGCUCCUGCUGCCAGUGUAGACUUUUUCAUUAUGGUUGUGAAAAUGUUUACUUGUCUUCAUUUUUAUUUCUUUUCAUCAGAGCCUUAUCAAUUACACAUUGUUUUGAUUUAUUUAAUUUUUUAAAAACCUUUUUGUGAGUGUUCCACUUUUACUGCUUAUGAAAGAUUUUUA